AUGACAACCGCACAAAUUCCCGCGGAUAUAUCCAAACCUUCUUUUGCCAAGGUCGCGGCCUCCGUUACCAAAGAAAGUGCCUCGGCAUCCCUUGGCGCGAAAACAGAUCCCAAGUCUGCCUCAAAGGCUGUCAUCGCAGAUGGCUCUUCCAACUUUGAGUCCCGACGACCAACCGCGGUUAGACCCAUCACCAUCGCCGCUGUCGCCUCGUCUCUCAACCAUCUCAGUCUCUCAUCAAAAGUCCCAAGUUUGGCUUUGAGUGGGCGCGGCACCGUUCCAGACCAUCAUCGGUCCAACUUGAGCAAGGAAAGUGGAUCAGACGAUUCUCAAAAGUGUGAUUCCAGCUCAGAAUUGGAUACCAAACCCCCAAGCCUUGACGGAAAGAGCAUCACCUCUGGGACAACCUUUGCGUUGGAUGAAAAGGAAUCGCUCCGUCCUGAUGAUAGUGCUAGCGUCAAGGCUGCAGCCGAAGAUGAUGACGCCUUUUCUAUUCGCGGCUCCCUUGUUGCGGGAUCGCGUAUGAGCUCGGAUAUCGUUCUCAGGGCAAGGACAGUUGCCCAAGGCGACCUCGCCGAGCGCAGAGCUGCUCAGAUGGCCACAGCUCCGUUGCCCCAUGGCAUCCUCACUCCCCCAAGUGCCUCAUCCGAGCGCGGCCCGCCUCUGAGCGCCGCUACCCCUUUAAGCGUUGAGGAAUCGUCAGACGCUCUCAAUGUCAUCUACCGCCAAGCACCGGAUGAGAAGCUCCUCGACGCUCUGGCGAGCCCUAGAGAUCGCUACUUUCUUCUGAGGCUGGAAAAGGAGGUUAUCGAUUUCGUCCAGGACUCCAAGGAACCGUAUAUGGACCUACCUCCGUCAAACUCCUUUUGCAGAAUGCUGACCCACAAGCUUGCCGAUUACUACCACAUGACGCACUCGUACGAGCCUCACAUCGGGUCGGUUCGAAUCUUUAGAACCCCCUUUUGUCGCGUCCCGCCAUCGCUAGCCGAUAUGGCGCCGCAACCCAACGUCUCUACGAGCAGCACGCCCCCACCCGCUGUUUUGCCCAGGAAAAUCAUGCGCCGCGGUCAAGACGGCGAUGGUCUUAUGAGUGGCAAUGCCUCAAAGCCCACAUCCGAAUCGGGUAGUGAACUGAAGGACGGCAAUAAGUUGGCUGCCAGCCAAAAGCUAUCACGAGAAGAACGUGAAGAAAUGUACAAGCUAGCUCGCGAACGCAUCUUUGGAAAUUCAGAGGACAGCAUUCCUGAGAAUGACGGAGGAGCCGGAAUGUCUCGCACGAGCUCCGUAUCGGCUAGCAACAGAGCAAACGCCAACAAGCGAGGCAAAUCCGGCAGGCAACGUCGGGAUGAUUCUGAUAGCUUCGACUCUAGGAAUCAGUACACUCCAUACUGGGGGCCUCAACAGCAGACAUGGGUGCCGCAGUCUCAGGGACAAUUCAUUCCUUCGGCGCCUGGUCAGUUCAAUGCUCAGCCACAGGCAUUGUGUCCGCCUCAUGCUGCCCCCGGCUACACGCAGCAAACUCCUCCCGCUUACGCCAAUGUUGCCGUAAUGCCAGCUCCAGCCUCGGGUUACGCAACAAUCUAUGGCAUACCUCAGCAAUAUCCCCCUCCUCCUCCUCCUCCUCCGCAGCCGCAGCCGCAGCCGCAGCCACAGCUGCCGCCGCCGCCGCCGCCGCAGCGAUAUCCACCUGGUGGCGGUAGUCCCAUGACAGCCUACGGUACUCCUGCAGCGGCACAACCACAGGCCUGGGCGCAACCGGGUUAUAAUCAGCCUACCUACCCUGCCCGCGGUGCCGCACCCCCGUCAGGACCGGGUCAUGCUGGUAUUCCUUAUCCAUACGGACAGCUACCUGUCAAUGUGAACCCUCAUGACCCCAAGAGUCAGCAUCCCAUCCCUGGCAGCUAUAACAGGAACCAUGCCUUUAAUCCCAAGACUCAGUCGUUUGUGCCUGGCGGGAACGGCAUAUCAGCUGUGCCGCCUCCUCAGCCGCCCUUCACUGCCCCUGGCUCUCACCAUGGCAGCCCGCAAAUCGGCACUCCUCACUUGGCGUACGGAGCAUACCCGCCGUCUCAGCCGUAUGGGGGGGGAUACGUCAUGGCACGUCAAGGCUCGAGUAGCUCUACGCCUGGUUACCACACGGUUCCGCAUGUUCCCUCGCCACACAUGCAGCAGCCGCAGCUACCGAGCAUGACCGCGCUGCCAGGCCUACAAUCUAUCCCUCAUGCCCCCCCUCCGCCUCAUGGGCCACCUCCACAUCAGCAGCAACAGCAGCAGCAGCAGCAGCAGCAGCAGCAACAUCUACCGCAAAUUCCACCUGGUCAUAUCCCCGGCCGCCCUCCAGUUCCGGCGUCCUUGGGUUCCAGCCAGAUGUUCACGCAUUUACCUACGUAUGGCAACCCGGCAACUCUGCCACAGAAGCCAGCUACCGGAAUUUAG